UUGACAGUUGUAUUAAGUUUGUUGUCCGAAGCGAGGAGGACCAGCAGCACACAUGCAUGCACAUGUCCAGACCGUCUAUAAGGUAUAAGAGUUUUCAUGUUUGCAGUGGCAGUUUCAGCUCGUCAUACUCAUAUAAGAAGCGAUUGGUGGUGAGGACUUCGGCGAGGCGCCGCGCGCACCAUGGGUUGCCAGUAUGCGUGUGUUGCACCAGCUGGUUUGGGUCAAAGGGUUGUGCAAGAUGGUGGAAAUGCCCAAAGAUCUCACAGCAACGGCAAGGCAGAAUGGGCUGUUCAAGUAUUUGCAACAGGCGCUGGCCAAAACGGAUCUUCGCAGCAUUUCACUCAGAGAUGCCCAUUCGCACAAAGAUGGUUGAAAUGCAGCUUCUCGGGGAUAUCGCGACCCUCACAGUGGCAGCCAUAUCUUAUCCAACCGCCCAUUUCUAGGCAAAAAGCUGCGGACCCUCGAGUGGUUGCGAAAGCAGUGAAUGCGCCCAGCACAGAAACGUCAAACACAGCAAAGGGUGCGUUGGAGUUAGGGGAAGACGUCCCCCUGCGUGACGCGUCCGAGGUUGUGCAAUCGUUCUACAGCUCAAUAAACAAAUGCGACAUUGACCUAGCGAUGAGCUUCAUCUCGGAAGACUGCAGGUACGAGGAUAUGAUCUAUACGAAGCCAUUCGUUGGCCGGCAGGCGAUUCGGGCUUUCUUUGAGGAGCAGACAAGCUUUUUCAAGGACGGGCUCGAUUUCGUGAUCGAUGAGAUAAGCGGCGGGAGCUCCGACUCAUGCGGCCUGACCUGGCAUGUUGAGUUUCAGGGAAAGGUGUUCCCGAACAGCCGGGGCUGCAGCUACUACAGAUGCGCGGUCGGAGCGGACGGGAAACAACAGAUUGUGUACGGAAGGGACAUGGUGGAGUCAGCUUUGAAACCAGGUAGUGCUUCUCUCGUACUCCUUCGAUUUGUCGCGGCACUCUUCAAACGCUUCCCCAAGCUACUAGAUGUGGCCUCUUCGGAGUAGUAUGAAACGGCAAAAAGUCGCGCUCAAUAUGCGGUCUGCCAAGACAGAUCAACUACGACAUCAAGCAGGCUCCAAUCGUUCUGGUUGUUAAAGUUCUCGUAUGCCAGCUCUGGCACUAUUUGGCGUGUAGGUUUAACCUGGCUUUGUCUAGCAAGUGUUCUGCGCCCGUUCGACCAGCAAUUGGAGCGAAUUGCCGCUUUGAAAACACAUUUGUCAGUCGUUCUGGAGCAUGGCACUACACAGACCCUAGAGAGUCCAUUUGAAAAGUUAAUGGACGAGGAAAAUCU